CCCCCGGUCCUCGCGUCGCGCUUGCGCUCGGCUUCUUCACGGCUCCACGCCCCCGCCGUCCCCGACCGGCACCAACCCAACGCUCACCUCGCUUCCCCUCCCCUCCUUUUCCAUUGCCCACCAAUUGAUAGCCCACCUCACCUCACCUCACCUCCGCACCCGCAGUUUCGUGCACCGCACUUCACCCCCACCCACCUCUCCCCCUCAAAAACUGCCCACCCCACCCGCCGACGAUCGCGAUCGAUUCGAUUCGGAGGUGGGAGCGGCGGACAGGGGAGGCCAGAUCCGGCUGCCGCGAUGAUGAAGUCGCUGCUGCCGCAGAGCGGGCUGCGGCGCUCGUCGGCGGCGACCGCGCGCUCGUCGGGGGUGGCCGGUGGCGGCGACGUGGCGGGGGCUGACGGCGGGGGCGCGGGUGCUCGGGCGCCCGCCUCGUCGACGUUCUGGUUCCUGCUCCACGCGCUCUGCUGCCUCAUCUCGCUCUUCCUCGGCUUCCGCUUCUCGCGGCUCCUAUUCUUCAUGCUCUUCUCCACCACCGCGCUCUACCGCUCCACAACCUCCUCCCCCGCCGCCGCGGUCCUGCGCGCCACCACCACCACCACCACCACUACCACCACCACCACCACCACCACCAACACCUUCACGCUGUCCUUCGCCGACGCGAACCCUCCCCCCUCCUCCCCCGCUAACUGGACCACCCUGGAGGCCACGGCGGCGGACAAAGCAGGGACGUCUGGAAACCCCCAGAGCCACGUGGUGGUGGGGCGGCACGGGAUUCGGAUCCGGCCGUGGCCGCACCCGGACCCCGUGGAGGUGAUGCGUGCGCACCGGAUCAUGGAGCGUGUGCAGGAGGAGCAGCGCCGCUGGUACGGCGUCAAGGAGCCGAGGCAGGUGCUCGUCGUCACCCCGACCUACUCCCGCGCGUUCCAGGCGCUCCACCUCACCGGCCUCCUCCAUUCCCUCCGCAACGUGCCCUACCCACUCACAUGGAUUGUCGUCGAGGCAGGUGGCACGACCAACACCACAGCGUCCCUCCUAGCGCGCUCCGGACUCACUUUCGUCCAUAUCCCCUUCCCUGACCGCAUGCCCCACGACUGGGCAGAUCGCCACGCCACCGAGAACCGGAUGCGCCUCCACGCUCUGCGGGUGAUCCGGGAGAGGAAGAUGGAUGGUGUAGUUGUGUUUGCGGAUGACAGCAAUGUGCACACCAUGGAGCUGUUCGAUGAGGUGCAGAAGGUCCAGUGGAUGGGUGCGGUGUCCAUGGGUAUCCUUGCGCAUACUGGAAUGGCUGGCAAAUCACGCCUUAGCGAAGAGGACAAGCAGAAUAUGCCUCUUCCAGUUCAAGGCCCUGCUUGCAACUCCUCUGGGCACUUGGCUGGAUGGCACACGUUUAACUCAUUGCCGUUUUCUGGGAAGACCGCGACAGUUGUUGGCGAGGCGGCAGCCCCGGUGCUACCAAGGGGUUUGGAGUGGGCUGGCUUUGUGUUGAACUCGAGAAUGUUGUGGAAGGAUGCAGAAGGAAAGCCUGAUUGGGUGAAGGAUCUUGAUGCUGUGGGUGAGAAUGGGGAGGAAAUUGAGAACCCACUUACUCUGUUGAAUGAUCCGUCGUCUGUUGAGCCAUUGGGGAACUGUGGGAAGAAGGUCCUACUGUGGUGGCUCCGUGUUGAAGCCCGGGCUGAUAGCAAGUUUCCUCAGGGGUGGGUAAUCGAGCCACCUUUGGAAGUUGUUAUUCCUGUGAAACGCACUCCAUGGCCUGAAACCUCCACUGAGCUUCCAUCCGAGUUGUUGGAUGCCAAACAAGACCAGGAGGAUAGGCGUUUGUCAAGAAAAAACAAAUCAUCUCGGCCCCGAAGCAUGACAAAACGGAAGGGUGACCUUCAAGGGCAAGAUAACUGAUGAGAAAAUGUAUUGGCCUUGUAAUGUAUAUCUUACAUUAUCUCACACCUGGGAAGUACAGUAGGAAGCAUGUCCCGUUGGUGGCGUGUUUAUUUUUGUGAUGUUUUGCUCAUGCGGCAAUGGUCCAUAUAUGGAUAUGUCUUCUGUAGAAGGCGCACUUUUUUCCGUA